CGAAUUGAAAUCGGAGUCGAGAGGCAUGUGUACCCUGAAUGCCGACUGUCAGAGAAGGGAAUCGAAUACGUGGGAAGCAAGAACGAGACCGAGAAUGGAAAAUCUUGCCAACGAUGGGACGUAGAUGCCCCACGACUUCGAGAAUUGACUUACCCCUAUCAGUUUUCAUUCUACGACCUCACCAGGUCCAUAUCUCCAGAGAAUCACUGCCGGAACACUGGGCAAUUGGACCGGCCGUGGUGUAUGAUAUCUGAUCUCAAUACGGUGUGGGAGUACUGUGACAUUCCCGUUUGCGAAAAUCAAGAUCCGCCGGAAUGCAAGUUGAGUCCAUCUGGAAACGAGUAUGUGGGGAAGCUGAACGUGACGAUAUCUGGGUAUCCCUGCAAACCUUGGUUG